AUGUUGAGAUCACACCCAAGCGACACAAAAAUUUUUUUGGCUGAUGUUGCUGAUUGGACAAAAGAGAAUGGCUUGCAAUUGAACCUAUCCAAAACUAAAACUAUUAUGAUACUUGGCUCAAGUUCUAAGCUGAAAAAGUUACAAACAAACGGUAUUAUUCCACAAAUUUUCAUUGACGCGGAUUUGCACUUCCUUACGUAG